AAAAAUAUAAGAUAGAUACGAUUGACAUUACCAUACUUGUGAAUUAUAAUUUGAAUAGAUCGUAAGCCUAAUUAGGUAAUAUUGAUUUUAAUAAUGUGGAAACACUUCGCAGUUUUCUUAAUUUUGAUUCCUGCUAUAUAUGGAAGUGUCUGUGUUCCUUACAACUUCGAAGAAGGUUUCGACAAUUUCGAUUCCACGCUCGGAACAAUAUGUCAAAACACAAACAAUAAUUGGUUAUUGAGGCCUUAUACUUCAACAUCUAUACAGCCUUCAAUAGCACAAAGUGAAACGCAUAUAACUUCUGUGGCCCCAAGCAGUUGUGUUUCAUCAUUUUUCUUUGACUUUGAAAAUGAUGGCGUCGUCGAAGUCGCUGUGUAUAUGGUUUUCAACGAAUUCUUAACAAUUGACGUUAAUAAUGACGCAGGACAACGAACUUCUGGUUGGUCGAGUUUUAACAAUCCAAUACCAGCUUUACAAUGGCAAAUUAUUAGAUUCAAUGUCACCACAAUUAACCCAUUCCGUGGAUAUAUAUCAAUAUUUGCUACUGUAUCAACAAGUGAAACGAUUCUAAUAGACUGGUUUCGGUAUAUUCCUCCAAAUCACGAUGUAAAUGACAGCGAAUGUGCUAUAUAUAAUGAUAAUAUCGGUGGAACAACAGAAUCUGUUACUACUGAAAACGAUGAAACAACAGAAUCAAUUACUACUGAAAACUAUAUAACAACUGAAACAGUUACUACAGAAAAUGAUGAAACAACUGAAUCCGUUACUACUGAAAACAAUGAAACAACAGAAUCUUUUACUACUGAAAACUAUAUAACUACUACUGAAACAGUUACUACGGAAAACGAUGUUACAACAGAAUCCGUUACUACUGAAAACUAUAUAACUACCGAAUCCGUAACUACUGAAAAUGAUAUAACAACUGAAACCAUUACUACUGAUAAUUAUAUAACAACUGAAACAGUUACUACGGAAAAUGAUAUAACAACAGAAACAGUUACUACUGAAAACUAUAUAACUACUGAAUCCGUAACUACUGAAAAUUAUAUAACAACUGAACCCAUUACUACUGAUAACUAUAUAACAACAGAAACAGUUACUACUGAAAACGAUAUAACGACAGAAUCGAUCACUACUGAAAAUACGGAACUAAUAACAACUGACAAUGGUGAUACAACAGAAUCUAUAACCACAGAAAAUGAUAGUACAACCGAUGGAAUGACUACGGAAAGUGAAACUACAGAAGAAUCGACUACUGAUGAGUCUAAUACCACAAUAGACUCUACUCCUGAAAAUACCACCGUGACAGGACCGGAAUCUAACACUGAUGGUUCAAGUGAAGUAGAUACAACUACUGCUGGUUACACUACUGAUAUAGAUUCAACUGAAGAAACAGACGAACCUGAUGAAGAUGAACCUUAUUCUUUCUGGACACCAUUAACUAUAACUUUAGUAACAUUAGGGUCUCUUCUUGUCCUUAUUGUAAUUUGUUAUAUCUCUUAUUUGUGCGGUAAGAGAAAAGAGCAGAAAAGGGUGCCUGAAAUCUUGUAUUAUGAUAUUGAAGACAUUCCUAAAACUAUAGUUGUUCCUAGAGUUAAGAAAGUCUACACUGAAUCUGUGACUAGUAGUAAUCCUUACGCUAAAGAUUAUUAUUAAUCAAAUUAUAGUAUAGAAUAAAAUAAAGUAAGUAUUAAGAAUUAAGUAAGAAUUAAUUUAAGUAAGGAUAAAUAAUAUCCUAUUCAAUAUAAAGCUACAAUUAUAACAUGACAUUUAGACUACCUUCCGACAACAUCUCCAAUUCGCGUGGUCUUGAACAUUUUAAGUAUAUGUUAAAACAAUGGACUAGCAUUAGUGAUAGUUUUGGUAACGUCAAACUAGGAUCUCUUAGAGUCAAACGUACCAAUUGGUACUGCUCUUCAUAACGAGGACAGGCAGUGGUCUCAUAAACACAUUUAAUGUGUCUAGGAACAUAAAAUGUCCCCUCCGAAGUCCACUGUCAAAUACGCGAGUCGGAAGAACAGUUUAAGAGCGGGGGAAAUUCCUCGCGAAUUUUCCUUGAAAACUUUCCCAUGAAAACUAGUUACAAAGAUGAUAGCGUGCAAUCCUUAUAAAAUAAACUAUUAUACUGUAUAUAAUAUAAGCGUUAAGGAGUAUGUUGGGUGUGAAAUUGAGUGACCGGAUAAGGAACAGCGUGAUAAGGGAAUGUUGUGAUGUGAAAGAAGAUGUAGUUACAGGAAUAGAAAAGGGUAUGUUGAGAUGGUUCGGUCAUGUGGAGAGCAUGAAUGAAAACAGCUUGACUAAGCAGAUAUACAUGGACAAUGUGUAGGGAAAGGUCGGGGUGGGAAGACCUAGACGAACAUAUCUUGAUCAAAUUAAGGACGUCCUGGUAAAGGGUCAGGUCAAAAGUACCCGAAACCGCCUAGCUUGCAUGAAGAGAGUUAUAAAUGUGGAUGAAGCAAAGGAAGUAUGCAGGGAUCGUGGCAAGUGGAAAGAGGUAGUCUCUGCCUACCCCUCCGGGAAAGGGGCGUGAUUUUAUGUAUGUAUGUAUGUGUAAUAUAAGCAAUUAAUUGCGAAUGUCCAUAGACAAACAAUUGCUGUACUUACGACAUGCGAAUUGUUGUUACAUCCGCCGAAUAUGACCCAUCGAUAAGUGAGUGGAAUUCAGGAUUGUGAUUAAAUGAUAAAAUGUAAGAAUAUUGAUCUGUUUAUAGUGAAUAAAUACUAUUAGGAUUAUUUACAUAAAG